GUUAGUUUGGUAAUUUGGGGUGGUUUUCAGCCGUUCAGGGGAGCUGUAACCUUAUUCUUUUUUACCUCCUCAGUGUUGACGCCGUCAUCUGGAGCUCUCAACGUCUCUUUCACUUUUCUCUGUCGCCGCUCGUUCUCUGUAUAGUUUUAUGUAUUGGUUUCCAGGAGCAAUGGCUGGAAAAGCUGUAAAGUCUGUAGCAAAAGCAGUUGUGGGAAAUCAAUAUCCGUGGCAAGAAAAGUUGGUAAAAUACAAGGAUGAGCUAUCAAAGGGAGUUUGGGGUUACUGGGAGCUUGGGGCCUGGAAACCUCUGGGUAUCAGUGCUCGCCAUCGAGCUCGGCUCCGCAAGGAAGUUGUUCUUGCUGGACAAGAUUGGCCAUACGAUCCAGCGAGGAAGGAAAUGAGAACGAAGCAGAAAGGGCACAAGUGCGACAGAAUAUCAGCAGAAAAACGGGCUAAGACUGCUGAACUGAUGCAAAAAAUGCCGGAAAUGUUGGCUGAUUAUAGGAAGAGAAAGUGGGAAAGGAAGAUGAAAGCAGAAGAAGAUGCUGCCAGAAAAGCAGUGCAAGAGUAGGCAAUGUAAUCCUUUCUCUUUCAACAAAAUAAUGAAAGCAUGGGCAGCGAAUUUCGAUUUUAGGAUAAUGUACUUUUUACAGAAUUGACGAAAGAUUUCCUUGUCAGUUGCCUUGUUUUCUUAUUUUUCUGUAUUUUGGAACCUACGUGCUCAUCUAUACCGUAGCAAUGGGCACGAAUAGCCGGAUUUGCCUUGUCAUUCGAGGAAGUUUGAUAA